CGGUGGUGGCAGUUCGCCGCGAGAGCAACGGCUCCGAGGCCGAGUGGCGGUCCUGCGCAGACCUCGGUGCCCUCCUCCGCAUGAUCUUCUUGUGAUCAGCCUUUGUACCUUCUCCACAUUUGAAGAUGGUGAAGCUAGAUAUUCAUACUCUGGCCCAUCACCUCAAGCAGGAACGCUUAUAUGUAAACUCUGAGAAACAGCUCAUUCAGAGGCUCAAUGCAGAUGUACUUAAGACAGCUGAAAAGUUGUAUCGUACAGCAUGGAUCGCUAAGCAACAGAGAAUUAAUUUGGAUCGGCUUAUUAUAACCAGUGCUGAAGCUUCCCCUGCUGAAUGUUGCCAACAUGCCAAGAUUUUGGAAGAUACACAGUUUGUUGAUGGGUAUAAGCAGUUGGGAUUUCAGGAGACUGCUUAUGGAGAAUUCUUAAGUCGAUUAAGGGAAAAUCCUCGUCUUAUUGCCUCCUCUUUGGUUGCCGGAGAGAAACUUAAUCAGGAGAACACACAAAGUGUUAUUUACACAGUUUUUACCUCUCUCUAUGGCAACUGCAUUAUGCAAGAAGAUGAAAGCUACCUCCUUCAGGUGUUGAGAUACUUGAUUGAAUUUGAACUUAAAGAAAGUGACAACCCCAGGCGACUUUUGAGGAGAGGAACUUGUGCCUUCAGCAUCUUAUUUAAACUUUUUUCUGAAGGACUGUUUUCUGCCAAACUUUUCCUCACAGCAACUUUACAUGAGCCAAUCAUGCAGCUGCUUGUUGAAGAUGAGGAUCACCUGGAAACAGACCCAAACAAGCUAACUGAGAGGUUCUCCCCAUCUCAACAGGAAAAACUCUUUGGAGAGAAAGGCUCAGAUAGAUUCAGGCAAAAGGUUCAAGAGAUGGUGGAUUCCAACGAGGCCAAACUAGUGGCUUUGGUGAACAAAUUUAUUGGUUAUCUCAAACAGAACACAUACUGCUUUCCACAUAGUUUGAGAUGGAUUGUGUCACAGAUGUACAAAACUCUCUCCUGUGUAGAUAGACUGGAAGUUGGGGAGGUCAGAGCAAUGUGUACUGACCUCCUGUUGGCCUGCUUCAUUUGUCCUGCGGUUGUCAAUCCAGAACAGUAUGGAAUAAUUUCUGAUGCUCCUAUUAAUGAGGUGGCAAGAUUUAAUCUGAUGCAGGUUGGCCGCCUUUUGCAGCAAUUAGCAAUGACUGGCUCCGAAGAGGGAGAUCCCCGGACAAAGAGCAGCCUUGGAAAAUUUGACAAAAGCUGUGUUGCUGCUUUCCUUGAUGUGGUGAUUGGAGGCCGUGCAGUGGAGACCCCGCCAAUGUCCUCCGUUAAUCUUCUGGAAGGGUUGAGCAGAACUGUAGUUUAUAUAACCUACAGUCAGCUUAUUACUCUGGUGAAUUUUAUGAAGAGUGUGAUGUCUGGAGAUCAACUGAGAGAAGAUAGAAUGGCUCUUGACAAUUUAUUGGCAAACCUACCCCAGGCAAAGCCAGGAAAAAGCAGCAGUUUGGAAAUGACUCCCUACAGUACUCCUCAGCUGUCUCCAGCAACCACUCCAGCAAAUAAAAAGAAUCGAUUGCCUAUAGCAACUCGGAGCAGAAGCCGCACCAAUGUUCUAAUGGACUUACAUAUGGACCAUGAAGGAUCAGCUCAAGAAACCAUCCAGGAAGUGCAGCCAGAAGAGGUGUUGGUCAUUUCCUUAGGAACAGGUCCCCAGCUUACUCCAGGGAUGAUGUCAGAAAAUGAGGUCCUAAACAUGCAGCUUUCGGAUGGAGGACAAGGAGAUGUCCCUGUCGAUGAAAACAAACUCCACGGUAAACCUGAUAAAACCUUGCGCUUUUCCCUCUGCAGUGAUAAUCUGGAAGGAAUAUCUGAAGGUCCUUCAAAUCGUUCUAAUUCAGUAUCCUCACUAGACCUGGAAGGGGAAUCUGUAUCCGAACUUGGAGCAGGACCUUCUGGGAGUAAUGGAGUUGAAGCUCUACAGCUGUUAGAGCAUGAGCAAGCUACAACCCAGGAUAAUCUUGAUGAUAAGCUAAGGAAGUUUGAAAUUCGUGACAUGAUGGGACUGACAGAUGAUAGGGAUAUAUCAGAAACAGUGAGUGAAACGUGGAGUACAGAUGUCUUGGGAAGUGAUUUUGACCCUAACAUUGAUGAAGAUCGCUUGCAAGAAAUCGCAGGUGCAGCAGCAGAGAACAUGUUAGGCAGUUUACUGUGCCUGCCAGGUUCAGGGUCAGUGCUUCUUGACCCCUGCACUGGUUCUACCAUAUCAGAGACAACAAGCGAAGCUUGGAGUGUAGAGGUAUUGCCAAGUGACUCAGAGGCCCCAGAUCUAAAGCAGGAGGAGCGACUACAAGAACUGGAGAGCUGUUCAGGACUGGGUAGCACAUCUGAUGAUACGGAUGUCAGGGAGGUCAGUUCCCGCCCCAGCACACCAGGCCUCAGUGUUGUGUCGGGCAUAAGUGCAACCUCUGAGGAUAUUCCCAAUAAGAUUGAAGACCUGAGAUCUGAGUGCAGCUCUGAUUUUGGGGGUAAAGAUUCUGUCACUAGUCCAGACAUGGAUGAAGUAACUCAUGGUGCCCACCAGCUGACCUCUCCUCCUUCUCAGUCAGAGUCUCUCCUUGCCAUGUUUGAUCCACUGUCUUCACAUGAAGGGGCUUCUGCUGUAGUAAGGCCAAAGGUUCACUAUGCCCGGCCAUCGCAUCCACCACCAGAUCCCCCAAUCCUGGAAGGAGCUGCAGGAGGAAACGAGGCCAGGUUGCCAAACUUCGGUUCCCAUGUCUUAACUCCAGCUGAGAUGGAGGCAUUUAAGCAAAGGCAUUCUUACCCUGAGAGAUUAGUUCGCAGCAGGAGCUCUGAUAUAGUGUCUUCUGUCCGGCGACCUAUGAGUGACCCCAGCUGGAACCGACGUCCAGGGAAUGAAGAGCGAGAACUCCCCCAAGCCGCAGCCAUUGGUGCUACUUCUUUGGUGGCUGCACCUCAUUCAUCAUCUUCCUCCCCGAGUAAGGACUCCUCAAGAGGAGAGACUGAAGAACGCAAAGAUAGCGAUGAUGAGAAAUCAGACAGGAACAGACCUUGGUGGAGAAAGCGUUUUGUUUCUGCCAUGCCCAAAGCUCCUAUACCAUUUAGAAAGAAAGAAAAACAAGAAAAAGACAAAGAUGAUCUGGGGCCUGACAGAUUCUCAACACUCACAGAUGACCCGAGCCCUAGACUCAGUGCACAAGCUCAGGUUGCUGAGGAUAUUCUGGACAAAUACAGGAAUGCCAUUAAACGAACCAGUCCCAGUGAAGGAGCACUGGCAAACUACGAAAGUGCAGAAGUUAUGGGUGAUGGUGAAAGUGCACACGAUUCGCCUCGUGACGAAACCCUGCAAAACAUCUCAGCUGACGAUCUCCCAGAUUCUGCGAGCCAAGCCGCCCACCCUCAGGAUUCAGCUUUCUCUUACAGAGAUGCAAAAAAGAAACUGAGGCUUGCUCUUUGUUCUGCGGAUUCUGUUGCUUUCCCAGUGCUAACCCAUUCAACAAGGAAUGGUUUACCAGACCAUACAGACCCAGAAGACAAUGAAAUUGUCUGCUUCCUAAAAGUUCAAAUAGCUGAAGCAAUUAAUUUACAAGAUAAAAACUUAAUGGCUCAACUUCAAGAAACAAUGCGUUGUGUGUGCCGCUUUGAUAACAGGACUUGUAGGAAACUACUGGCUUCUAUCGCCGAGGACUAUAGGAAAAGGGCCCCCUAUAUUGCUUACCUCACUCGUUGUCGACAAGGACUGCAGACCACGCAGGCUCACCUGGAAAGGCUACUACAAAGGGUUUUGCGGGACAAAGAGGUGGCCAAUCGAUACUUCACCACUGUCUGUGUGAGGUUGCUGCUUGAGAGCAAAGAAAAGAAGAUCAGGGAAUUCAUUCAAGACUUUCAGAAGCUCACAGCAGCUGAUGAUAAAACUGCUCAGGUGGAAGAUUUUCUGCAGUUCCUUUAUGGCGCCAUGGCCCAGGAUGUCAUAUGGCAGAAUGCGAGUGAGGAGCAGCUUCAGGAUGCUCAGCUCGCCAUUGAGCGAAGUGUGAUGAAUCGGAUCUUCAAACUUGCCUUCUACCCUAAUCAGGACGGGGACAUACUCCGUGACCAAGUUCUUCAUGAACAUAUUCAGAGAUUGUCUAAAGUAGUGACUGCAAAUCACAGAGCUCUUCAGAUACCAGAGGUUUAUCUUCGGGAGGCACCGUGGCCAUCUGCACAGUCAGAAAUCAGGACAAUAAGUGCUUACAAGACGCCCCGGGACAAAGUGCAGUGCAUCCUGAGAAUGUGCUCCACGAUCAUGAACCUGCUGAGCCUGGCCAACGAGGACUCCGUCCCAGGAGCCGAUGACUUCGUCCCUGUUUUGGUUUUUGUGUUGAUAAAGGCAAAUCCACCCUGUUUGCUGUCCACUGUUCAGUACAUCAGUAGCUUUUAUGCCAGCUGUCUGUCUGGAGAGGAGUCUUAUUGGUGGAUGCAGUUCACAGCAGCAGUUGAAUUCAUUAAGACUAUCGAUGACCGAAAGUAACCAAGACCAAGGCCCACCAAGGCAGCAGACUGUUAGGGGGGCAUAUGGAUCUCUUAGAAAAUGUACCAGCUGCUUUGAAGGCUGAAGAUUGUUUUUGUAUAAUAUUGUACAGUGUUGAGACCUUUUAAAACAGAUCUUUACUAAACAGAUUAAUGAGCUAACAAGCAGGUUCUCUUUUCUUUGGGCUCUUUUCCUUUCUGAGUUGCAUAUUUCAUUAAUUUCUUGUCCCCAAGUAGAGACUAGUACUGCAAAAAGGGACCACAUUUUUCAGGUAUUUUGAAAUACUGAAAAAACAGAAUCUCCUAGAAAAUUCCUAGAUUUCCAUUUAUGGAUACCCAUUCUUUCUUUUCAUUAAAAAAAAAAAAAAGAGAGAGAGAGAAUAGUACACCUCUUUUAAGAUGCUGUCUAAUCUUAUAUGCAUCUAAUGGAAGGAAAAUACCAGUUGCACUGAGGAUUAUAAUAGUGGUGACAUUAGUGGCAUUAUCUAUAAAUAUACUCACCUAAAUUGAAAAGCUAAGAAGGAAAUGUAAAUAUAAUAUAUAUUUAUAUUUGAUGUAAUAUGGACAUCUUCAGAUU